CUGCAUUAUACAACAUUGGUCCUGGUGCACAUCUAGAUCAAGUGGAAAGCGCCAAUUCUCAGAUAUGCGAGGUAAGUCCAAGCUCAGGAGCAGAGAAGAAGAGAUUUGACAAAGUGACAGCGUUAACUACACAUUCAUCAGAGUCGGAGACAUUUUGCAACACUCGGUGAAUCAUCCCGACGGCAUCACGAUCAGAAGAAUUUUUACUCCUAAACUUUAUUCUCAUCGAGGGAUCGUCAUCAGAGAUUGGCGAGUCUUGAGUAGCCGGACCUGUCAGAUGGUGGAUGAUCGUCAGUAGGGCAGAAAGAAGAAGCGAUUGACAGCGUCUCUGUGCCAUUGGUUCAAAUGAGCUCCAAGUCUCGUACAAUUGCUGAUGACGGUUCGCGCAUUUCGUCUUCCCCGCAAGUGCAAGCCUACACUGACCUCCGCCAGCUGCGUCGUCAAUGAUGGCAAGGAGUAUUCCCCCUUAUAUGCUGUCAGUAAUAUUUCUGACUCUGAGCUUGAGCUGCACGAGACGAAGUACUGUCGCCGCAAUCCGUCAGUUCGAGGAGGAUUCAGAGUCCAGAUAUAGAUCCAGACCAUUGAGAAUACCGGAGCCCGGAGCACGAUCCGAAGAGACUGUGCAGAAUUUGUUCGAGGAAUGGAUGGACCGACAUUCCAAAUCCUACGGUGAUACUGUCGAGGAGAGCAUACGUUUCAUCAUCUUCAAAGACAAUCUGAGGCGCAUAGACGAGCAUAACAGGAUGCCGUCUUUGUACAAAAUGGGAUUGACCAAGUUCGCAGAUCUCACCGAGGAGGAGUUCAGAGCUUUUUACAUGAGGACCAGACACCGGAGACAUGUCAGGCUCCAUCAAUCACCGAGCUUCUCGUACUCCAAAGUCGAAGUCGUGGCCAGGACGGUCGAUUGGAGGAAGAAAGGAGCUGUCACGCCCGUCAAGUAUCAAGGUCCUUGUGGGAGCUGCUGGGCUUUCUCCACAAUUGCAGCAGUCGAAGGCUUGAAUCAGAUCAAGACGGGCCGUUUAGUAUCUCUCUCGGAACAGGAGCUUGAGAGUUGUGAUACCACUCAGCGUAACCAAGGUUGCAAAGGAGGCCACAUGGACUAUGGAUUCGAGUUCAUUGUGCAAAAUGGGGGCGUAGAUUCUGAGAGCGACUAUCCUUACACGUCUGCAGAUGACUCCUGUAAUUAUCACAAGAAGAAGAAGUUUGCUGCAACAAUCAUGUCUUACGAGGAUGUACCAGCAAACAAUGAGCGAGAUCUGCAAAGGGCAGUGGCACAUCAGCCUGUCAGCGUGGCCAUCGAUGCCGGAGAUGGAGACUUUCAGCUGUACAUCAGCGGAAUCUACGAUGGCGACUGCGGCACGGAAUUGGACCACGCAGCUGUUGUUGUAGGGUAUGGAUCUGAUGAAGGGGAGGACUACUGGAUACUGAAAAACUCAUGGGGAGAAAGCUGGGGCGAGGAUGGCUUUUUCCGUCUGCAGCGCAACAUCGAUGCAGAAGAGGGAAUGUGUGGCAUUGCGAUGGCGGCUACUUACCCAACCAAGACCAGAGACUAACCUGACUAAGGCAGAUCGCUCGAUCUAGUCCAACGUAUUUUUCUAGCCUGUUGCAUGGACCUUUACGUGACAUGCAUCAGGAUUUGGAACGAAUCAAGUGAUAUCGAUUCAUUGACGGAAAGCAACGGCGGUAAGAGACAAUCCUUGGCUGGAAUCUCAUCAGGGUAGUAUGCCAACCUUAUCUCCAACCCAAAAUUCUGUCACUUAAAGCUGUCCCACGUCUAUGCAAACUCUUAGUACAUUUUUGAGGCUGCAAAGUUUCUCAAUCAAUGACAUGAAGAUGACAUGAAGGCCAGAGAGUAAGCUCCUCAAAUUUGUGCAAGAAGCUGUAAGCAUUGUCUUUAGAAUUUGGUGAUCGGUCGAUGUCCUCUUUUCUGCACGACUCUACGUACAUAGCAUGAGAUUGUAUGGCGAGGUUUCUACAAAUCUGGCCGGUGCACAUAUGUUUGAUUUAGUCCAGAUCCAGUCCGUUUGAGCACUCUCACGGCCGCAUUCAACUUCUUGCCAGUACUUGACUCUAAGUUCUUGGACUCUCGGUUCUUCCAGUGUACAAUCUGUGUCCUUUCAAUGGACUUCAACUCUUCUCUCCCAUUCGUAAAACUAUAUAAAACGCAGCUCACGGAGAAAUUGAGUCGUACCCUUUUAACUUAUUUUCAUGACUCCAUGCUCAAGGUGCUCGUUGAAAGAGAAAUGCUAUUCAAGACAUGUAUCUGCCAUUAUGAUCAGCAUUCUGAUCUGCGUACAGCAGGAUGUCUGCAGAAUAUAAAGGCUGCAG